UGUGUUCAGUGUGGCCAAUAUGAUGGAUUCCAUGGCUAAGAUCCUCACAGAGGUCUCUAGGCUUUUGCUGGAGGAUUUGCCCAACUCCCUGCACCCACACGUGGCCGAUGCUGAAGCCAAAGAGUCGGCAGAGCCAAAGGCGCUUGCUGUGGUGAAGGCGGGACCAGCCCUUCCUGUCUGUGAAUUAAGAGCAGAGCUUCUGAAGGAUCAUCGAAAUUUGACCUUCGACCCAGACACAGCCAAUAAGUACCUGCAGCUGUCCACUCAGAACCAGAAGGCCAAACACACCCGUUCUCCUGAUGGCCAGUGUCAGGCCCAUGCAGAUAGGUUUGAGCUGUGGCAGGUGAUGGGCAGCCAAAGCUACAGCGAAGGCCACCAUUACUGGGAAGUCAGGAUCUCCAGCCACUCAGUCAUCAUAGGUGUCACAUACAAGAAAAUCCAGAGGAAGAAACAAGCUGGUCACAAAUUCAGCAUUGGGCUGGAUGAAUCGUCCUGGGGGCUGCAGAUCCGGGAGGACUGCUACUUGGCCUGGCACAGGGGCCAGUCACAUAAGAUCAUAGAGCCCUUGUACCGAUGCCUCGGAGUCAGCCUGGACUAUGGAACAGGAGUCCUGUUGUUCUAUGGCAUUGGAAAUGAGAUGAAAUCUCUCAACUCUUUCCACUGUGUCUUCACUGAGCCCCUCUACCCAGUCUUCUGGCUCUGCGAAGGCAGAGUCGUCACCCUUUGCCAACAGAACUGAGGAUAGC